CCCUCUCGGGUCGGGAUGGCGGCGUUGCCUCCGCGAGAGUUCGCGGCGCAGGUGCUGCCUGGCUGCGUGGUGCCCACGGCGCGCCAGGGCCUGGCCCAGCUCUGGCCGCUGCUGCUGCUCUGCCUCGGGGCGCGGCUGCUGCACCGGCUGCCCCUGCCGCGGGGGGGGAAGCACGCGGGGGCGGCGGCCGGGGGGCUCCUGGCCCUGCACCAUUUCUUCGGGGCACAGGCGCUGUGGGUGGCCUUGCUGAGCGGGCUCUGCGUCCUCACCCUCCUCCUGAGCCGGGCCCGCGCCCAGAGAGGGCUCUGCCUUGCCCUGGCUGCUCUCAGCUAUCUGCUUAUGGGGGAGCUGCACAUGGUGGACACAGUCACCUGGCACAAAAUGCGAGGGGCACAGAUGGUGGUGGCCAUGAAGGCUGUGUCGUUGGGCUUCGACUUGGACCGGGGGGCCGGGGGGGCACAGGGGGAGCCCAGCCCUGCCCAGGUCCUGGGGUACCUCUGCUCUCCCGGCUCCGUCGUCUUCGGGCCCUGGGAGCCCUUCGGGGCCUACCUGAGAUCCGUGGAGGGGCCCCCCCUGAGCGUGGCCUGGGCGAAGAAGGGGCUGCGCAGCCUGGGGCUGGCCCUGCUCUGCCUCCUGGUCAGCACCUGCCUGGCCCCGUUCCUGUUCUCCAGCCUCUUGCCUCUCUAUGGGGCACGGGCCCUGCGCAGGAGCAUUUUUGCCAGGUGGCUCCGUGCCUACGAGAGUGCCCUCUCCUUCCACUUCAGCAACUACUUCGUGGCCUUCCUGUCCGAGGCCACAGCCACGCUGGCUGGGUCCGGCGCGUCCCUGCACCACGACCACCUGCACUGGGACCUGGCGGUGUCCCGGCCCCUGCGGGUGGAGCUGCCACGAUCCAUGGCUGAGGUGGUGACAAACUGGAACCUGCCCAUGUCCCGCUGGCUCCAUACCUAUGUGUUCCAGACCGCCCGGCGCUUGGGCACCUUCGCUGCUGUGCUGGGCACCUACGCGGCCAGCGCCCUGCUGCACGGCCUCAGUUUCCACCUGGCCGCUGUGCUGCUGUCCCUGGGCCUCAUCACCUACGCCGAGCACGCCCUGAGGCAGCGCUUGGCUGCCAUCUUUGACGCCUGUGUCCUGUCCAAGCGCUGUCCCCCCAGCUGCAGCCACCGCCAUAAGAAUACACUGUGGGUGUGGGUGCUGAACGGGGCCCUGGGCGCCCUGGCCCUGUUCCACCUGUCCUACCUGGGCGCCCUGUUCGAUGUGGAGGCCGAGGAUGCUGUGGAGGAGCAGGGCUACGGGAUGGCCUACACGGUGCGCAAGUGGUCAGAGCUGAACUGGGCCAGUCACUGGGUGACGCUGGCUUGCUGGGUGCUGGCCCGACUGCUGCGCUGAGGCUCGGGGAGGGCAUCAGAGAGUACGGCCGCUCCGCCAGGUCGGGGGCCGCUCCGCAGCACCGGGAGCGCCUCUCAGCGCUCUCUUGCCGCCAUUUCUCGGGCGGAAGUGACGCCGCGCGGCCGCUCUGGGACCAAUAAAG